AUGUACAUCAAGAAGCCGUCAUACCUGCUGGGCCUGCUGCCCCUCCGCAUCCCCCUGUUCCGUCUGAAACUGAGACUGAGACGUGAAGAAGGUGCGGCUCCAGGCGAAUCUCAAUCGGUGGGUCUGGGGCAAAUCUACCACACUACCAGCCACGACGACCGUCGUUCCGAGCGCCGCCGCGUCUCGCUGAGACUGAAUGGCGAUGACACCUCCAUGCGCCGCCUGCGCUCCCAAGGUCGUUCCCGUCACGAUGACGAUGAAGAGCGUCGUGAACGUCGUGAACGCCGCCUGUCGCGUUACGCCGACGACGAAGAACGUCGUGAACGCCGCGAUCGCCGUCAUUCCCGCUCCCACCGCGAUCGUGACCGUGACGAAGAUGACCGCCGGGAACGUCGUCGGUCGGAACGUGGCCUGGACCGCCAUGCUGACCGCCGUAAGCUGACGUCGUCGCGUAAGCCAGCGUCGAAGUCGCUGCGCUCUGGUGGUGGCGCUGCGGCCGCUGCCCCGUCGAAACCCAAAGUGGUGUUGCCUACUAAUGUCGAAUACCGUCCUGGCCGUAUCCAGCUGUUGACCGCGGAACAAGAGCGUAUCCACAAGCAGUACUGGGCCUACUUCCUCGCUUACUGGGGGUACGACUUUGGCUUUGAUCCUCAUGAAGUUAAAUACCUGGACGUGUUUGUCGCCCUGACGGGCCGCCCUGAAGCCGGUGGUGGCGCUGGGUUGUCGCGUACGGCUACUCACAACUCCCUUCAACUGGGAAACACUCUGGCGCUGAAGAAAAAGAAGGGUUGGUUGGGUGGUAGUGGUGGUAGCACCCUGGCGGCGCCGGCGUCGCAACACCACGAGAACCACGCCCCGGCGAACUCGCCCCGGAUGCAGGAUAUUCAAACCAAGCUGUCACAAGAACAGUUUAUUCCCACCGACGUCCCCUCGCCCGAUGUCGUAAAUGUCUUCGUCAACCACUACAAAUUGGUGCUGCCGGAAUACUACAAGGAAACUGAAGACGACGGUGCUUCGAGUGACGUCAGCGACGCCGCCCUGUUGGAAUCGUUUGUCACCGCUGACACUACCAUCACCAACCCCGACGACUUCCCCACCGAACUGUACUCUAAGCGCGGCGGCGGCGGUGGUACUCUGAAUGGGGCAAUGUUGUCGGCGCCGGCUGCUUCCAAUAAACCCGUCAAGCUGGUCAAUGUCAAUCCAGACUUGGCUGGUAUCACUCCUGCCCAAUGGCAACAGAUGUUCAUGAGCGCCUGCCGUAAUGACUUGCCCGACAACUUCCUUUUGCGGUUCAUGAGAGCUAGAAAAUGGAAUACUGAGAACGCUCUUAAGAUGCUUUCUAAGCUGAUCAAGUGGCGUAUGGACUUUCCCGCUGAUCAAUGGGUAUUGGAGUCCGACGGCCCGCUGUACCUCACCGGUAAGAACGCGGGGUUCAUUAAGAAUUUGACCACGGAAAAACUGUGGAUCAAGGGUCUGGAUUUCCAAAAGAGUCCCAUUUUCUGGUUCCAAGCAAAGAAGCACUUCGGUUCUGACCUGCCUUCGGAUGAAACCCAAAGAUACGCUGUCACCACUAUUGAAUGGGUGCGCCUUUUCUUGCGUGAGGUCUCCGAAUCUGUGGACACUGUCUCGAUUGUGUUUGACUUGACCGGGUUUACUUUGAAGAACGCCGAUUACACCACCAUUAAGUUCUUAGCUGAGGUUUUCGAAGCCCACUACCCCGAAUGUUUGGGAAGAAUUUACGUCCACAACGCUCCCUGGAUUUUCUCCACGGUGUGGAACAUUAUCAAAAACUGGUUGGACCCAGUGGUGGCGUCUAAAAUUGUCUUCACGAAGAACUUUAAGGAUUUGAGCGGUUACAUUGCUCCGGAAUUUAUCCCUACCGAUCUCGGCGGUAUCGACACCUCUGGUCCUCACUACCCUAUCCCUAAGGCUGGUGAUGACCGGCCGCUGAAGGCUAAGGAUGCCACGUACGUGCGCUUGAGAAAGGAACGGGACAUCUUGUUUAUGAGAUUCCUCGACUGCACUGCUAAGUGGGUGGCCUCAACUAAUCCUGAUGUUUCUGCCAAAUACCUUGAGGAAAAGACCAUUAUCAACGUCGAAUUGCUGAACAACUGGAUUGCCCUUCAAGGAUACAUCCGGAAUCCUUCUCCUUACGACCGGAUCGGGAACCUUCACAUCACCAACUGA